AUGUCCGAAGAGUCAAAAAAACGCAAGCUGCAGGAAAUAGAAGAGACAUGCACAAGUUUUCGAAAGUCUCAUUUCCUGAGGAAGCAUAUUCGUAUUGAUAAGAUCUUGGAGUUGAUGAAAAUUUUAGCCGCGAAAGAUUGUAACCAAGUAGUUGAAUCAGACAAAGUUCUCUCCGCUUUGUUCGAUAGUUUCGCAACCGGAAACGUAUUAUUAUGGGAUUUUUCGGCACUCGAAAAUGAUGAUGUCGAUUCCUUAUUGCAUUUGGAGAAUAAAGGCCCUCUUGUGUUCGAAGAUUCCGUAAAAGUGGUUCCUUCUCAACAUUUCUUAGCAACUCUGACGAAGUUACAGAGACGUUGGAACAUGAGC